UUGCCCAGGCUGGUCUCAAACUCCUGAGCUCAGGCAGUCCUCCUGCCUCAGCCUCCCAAAGUGGUAGGAUUACAGGCGUGAGCCACUGCGCCUGGCCCUCGACUCACAGAUUUUCCAAGUACUUUUGAACAGUAAGCCGAGGACAGUGUUUAUUAUGACUAUACUGGUCUCCUUUCACUAGCUUACAAAAUUUAACUCCAUCACUUGUCAGUCUCCUACAAAUGCCAUCUAUGUGCUUUGAAACUUGUGAAUGAUCUGCUGAUUUGUGCUAUUUUAAUAUUCAAUGUUGUUGAAAGAAUAGUUUUUAAACCAAGUAAGGCAAAAAUUCAUUUAGUGUAACAUUAAUGCUUGUGCUGUAAAACAUGCUGGAAAAUCGAUAGCUCUGGAAUAAACUUUGGAUUUUUAAUUAAAAUUGAUUUUGAUGUACUUGAUGCAGUUAAAUUGGUAGAGACUAGUCUGAAAAGCUGAGAAAAGAUAAAGCAGAAUUAAAAUAAAAUUUCCCUAAUUCGUAGAACCAUGUCAAGAAUGCAUUCUCUCUACACCUAUUCCAAUGGGAACAUUAGCACUUGAUUAUGCAGGGAGUGAAUCAUGCCAAGUCUUCACAUACACAUUGCUUCCAUCACUGCUGUGCAGUGAGCCGUGACUGCGUCCCUGCACUCCAGCCUGGGCCAACAGAGCCAGACCUUGUCUCAAAAAAAGUCCUUUAAGGGAUACGAGGCUGUGUGUGAUAGUCGUUUUCUUUUAGUUUGCACUUUUAUUCACCCCCAAAUUCUGUGUAUUGCAAGGAAGUCUCAAAUUUUGAGAAGCGAGCACCAUCCCAUUGGCAUUGUGAUUACAGCUGCAUCACAAAGCCGCUUUGCUUUCCGGAGGAAUCCAUGCGCCACGGGCUCUUUCGCUUUUCCAUGCCUGCCGUGCAGGCGUCCUUUGCGGUCUUUUGUCUGCGACCGGGUCAACGCCUGACGCGCCCCCGCCCAGCUAGAGGACGCUGGGCGGGGCGGGGCGAGGCGAGGGUUCGUAGCGGAGCCUGACGGGAAACGGCCCCCCCUAGGUCCGUGGUGCGAGGCACGCCUGUGACAGCCACGGGCACUGCCGCGCAUGCGCUGCCCAUUUCCCGUAGUGGCAGGGCUGGGCCGCGGUCGGGUCGCCUUUGGGGUCAAAGAGCACGCAGAGCCCGCGGGAGGGUGGGGCCGCGGCCUUGGCCCUUUGGUGCGUAGGAGACAGCGCGCCAGGCUGGCAGCAUGUCAUGGCGGCAUUUGCUGCUCUUGUGCCGACGCUACUGCGCACCCUAGUGGGGACUACGGGGACGCUUCGCGCUCCAGAAGGGAGGCGGGCACCGCCCGCUCUAGCACAGCCCGGGAGCUGGACCUCGGGGCUCACCGCUCUGCCUGCCCACUAAAAGCCCAUUCGGCGGAAGUCCAGCGUUGCGUCGUUACAGCACUGAGCGCCAGACAUCGUUGCCAAGUAUAAUGCCAGCUCCGUUUUUUCCUGGGGCACUUGUAGUCAGGGUUUGUGGGCCCGCAUUUAAUAAUGGAGGGCCCCAGGCCUCGUUUGAACCGUCCAGCCAAUGUGUCCUCAGUCGUCUUAAUGGAUUUUUGAAGGACCAACCCGAGAUUCUGGGGCACAGGGAGUCCCAAGACUUAGGGCCCUGAUGUAAGCCCCAAAUAAAAUGAUUUUGGCCCCUAGGGCCAGUUCCUAAUUUCUGAAAACAGAGCAGCACUUGUGAGGUAGAGGAAGCAUGGCCCACCUGAAUGGAAACCUCUCACCAGAGUUUUCACAGCAGCAGAGGACGAGGCUGAGAAAGAACACGACCCAGAUUUGCACGGAGAGAUGCAAUAUGUAAUGCUUCUGCUCCACAAGCCAUCCCACCUGACUCAACGGGAGUUGUGCUCCAGCUGUCAGAGAGGGAUCAGUGUCCUUCAGUGAUGUGGCUUUGGGCUUCACCCAGGAGGAGUGGCAGCAUCUGGACCCUGCCCAGAGGACCCUGUACAGAGAUGUGAUGCUGGAGAACUACAACCUCCUCCUCUGUACAGAGACGUGAUGCUGGAGAACUACAGUCUCCUCCUCUCAGUGGGGUAUUGUAUUACCAAACCAGUGGUGAUUUGCAAGUUGGAGCAUGGAGAGGUGCUGUGGAUAUUAGAGGAAGAGUCCCCAAGUCAGAGCCACCUAGACUGCUGCAUAGAUGAUAACCUGUUGGAGAAGAGACAGGAAAAUCAAGACCAGCAUUUGCAGAAAGUUGAUUUUUUCAGCAACAAAACACUGACUAUGGACAGAAAUGGUGUAUUAGGAAAAACAUUUUAUCUUGACACAAACCCCAUUCUAUUAAGAAAAAUACGUGGCAACUGUGACUCAUAUAGAGUGAAUUUGAAUUAUAUUUUGGAAUUAAUUAUUAGUAAUAGAAGCUCCUUUAUAAGGAACCCUUCUGAGUGUAAUGCACAUGGGAAAGUUUUCCUUUGUAUGAAGCGUGAAAAUCCUUAUGCCAGAGGGAAACCUUUGGAAUAUGAUGGAAAUGGGAAAGCCGUCUUUCAGAAUGAGGACCUAUUUAGGCAUCAAACUCUGAAGCAGUGUUUUGAAUACAAUCAGUGUGGGAAGGCUUUUCAUGAAGAGGCAGCCUGCAUUACCCAUAAGAGAGUGUGCUCAUGGGAGACCCUGUGAAUAUAAUGGACAUGUGAGAGCCUUUCUGAUAGACCAAUAUUCAUUGUUCAUCAGAUAACUCACAUAAGGGAGAGUUCCUAUGAAUUCAAUGAAUGUGAGAGGAGGUCUGGUGAGAAGCCACCUGUAAGUAAACACCACAGAGUUAAUGGAGAUGGAACACUAUGAGUGUAAUGCGAGAGAAUAGUUUUGGCAAGAAAUCACUCCUCAUUCUACGAAGUUACAGAGGAGAGAAAACUUUUGACUGUAAUAGAGAUUUGAAAGUAUUCUGCAAGAAGCCAAAUUUCACUCAGCAUCAAGAAACACGUAUAGGAAAGAAUGCCUAUAAAAAUCAGCAUGCUAGUACAUUUUGCUAUAAGCCAAAGCUUUCUGUAUAUCAGAAAACAGAUAGAGGAGAAAAACUCUAUGAAUGUAGUGAAUGUGGGAAAACUUUCUACUAGAAGUCAUCCCUCACAGCACAUCAGAGAACACACACAGGGGAGCAACCCUAUGAAUAUAAUGAAACCUUUUACCAGAAUCCUGACUUUGCUAAACAUCAGAGAGACAACAUAGAGGAAACCCUUGUCAACAUCCUGAAGGCUCAGAAACCUUCACCUUCUUGGACUCAUUCUAUAGCAGAAACAACCCAGGUUGGGGUGAGAACACCCAAUAAAGAUGAGAAAUCUUUUGCCUAGAA